AUGAGAACAGUGAAUGUCAAGUCCGAAAAAUUACCUUUCUGCCCCUCACUUUCAAUGUUGGACUUAAAAUGCUUAAAUAGACAUUGGCUACAAAAAAAAGACCCUUUUCAUCAUAAGUCCAAGUCCAUCUAUCAGAAACCCCCGCCUUCGCCUCGGGAAAGUCUUCCAGGGUUCACACAGAUGCACUUGAGUUCUGCAUCAUCUCCACCUCCAACGUUAUUAACCUUCACAAACGGAGCCAAGUCUGAAGGUAAAAUGAGUAUAUCUGGAAUCAAAGAGAAUCUGAGUGCUUUCUCCGCGAAAGAAAAAUCCAAAGGAACUUCUUUUGCAGUGGUUCCAUCACCAGAUUGUUGCGUUCUUAAGCAGAAUCAGACAGCUGUAGAGGUCAUGGAACAACAAAAGUUACCAUCUUUUGGGCCAUCAUUGGCAAAAUACCAAAAUAUGAACCUGAGGGAAAACAAAGUCAUGAUGUGCAUCCCUGAUGGAUGGCAUAAGAAUCACGCGCGCUACAGAACCCAUGCACUCAACAUAAUCUUGAAGCUAUAA